GGUUCUGUUUAUGGUUGCUAGGCAACGAGACAUAAAUCAUGUUUUUUGGCUUGCUAGUAUAAAUCUGCACACUACGUAUCGUCUCUCGUGUUUUUCCUGUCUUGUAUCCUAAUUUACACAAACCAGGAUGGCAGCGGUUAAGCAGUCAAAAGAAAAGGAUCCUGCGGAUAUUGUUAAUCAGAACGCAAUUCACAUCGAGACCAUAAAGAAAGAGAAUAGGAGCCAAAAAGUGUACACGCUAUUUAGCAUCAACCCGUACAAAAGACGUAAGCACAUACCACCUCUGUUGAAAGGUAUGUGGAUUAAUGUGAACGAUGAGUAAUUUCAUGAUGAACAAACACUUUUUGUAAUCUUUCACUUCUCAGUGCACAUUUUGACUGACAAGCCUAUGGCCGGCAACAAGACCCACGACAAAGUGGAGGAGGACCGUAAGUAUGCCUACUAGCUAUUCAAUGUUAUCUGAGGUGUUGGCCAGUCUCUUAGAUCAGUGUUUCCUAAACUCGUUCCUGUGUCCCCCCUGCUUCACGUUUGGGUUUUUACCAAAGGACUACACAGCUGAUAAUAGCCAACUCAUCAAGCUUUGAUUAUUUGAAUCAGCUGUGUAGUGCUAGGGCAAAAACCAAAACGUGCACCGAGUUUGGGAUACCCUAUCUUAGAUUAUGUUUUAUCCCCAGCUGCUUUCCUAAAGGCCAUCCACGGGGCUUGUUUGGAGCCAACUAAGAAAUACACUCACCCCCAAACUGAGAGCCAGGAGAUUGGCUGGAUAUCCAGACCUCUGGUAAGAACUCCCUCUUUGUGGUGAUGAUCAGCAAAAUAGCUACUUUUCAAAAUGGUUUGACAAGAUGUGUCCCCUUUACUUCCGGGUAUUCGUUGUAACAAGUUGUCAUGUCCACUGUCUGAGUGUUCUAAGCCUGUUGUGGCACUGUUACAAAUACAAUCUCAGCCCUCAAAUUGCUUUUCUGCCCUGUCAGAUUGUUUCAGAUCGCAGCGAUAGAAGACUGAACUGGUCACGGCAGAACUCUGAGAUCACCAAGUACAUGGAUGCAGCAUGGCGUCUGAAAGAACAGACACAGGACCUGGGUUAGAUCUACAGCCUACAAGCUGCCUACAAGACUUACUUAGGAUAACCUGGUUCAUUGGUCUCUUUACUGGAUAAAAAUGUAGUGGAAGCAUGGCUAUGAAGAAUAUUGCUUUACUGUCUGAAGGAAACAAUGUAACUGGUUGCAGACUUGCAGAUCGACCUACUGUAUAAUUAAGCAAUAAAGCCCGAUGGGGUGUGGUAUAUGGCCAAUAU